CGCGCUCACACACGCUCACACACGGUCGAUCGUUCGUACAGUACGGUCGUACCGUCGUAAUUUUGUUUCUCAUUUCUCAUAUCUAAUAGUUUUUUAAAAACAAGGGAUCGUUUGUAAGAACUUUUAAUACAAAAAUCAAUCGCGAUGGGUACUCAAGGCGGUCCAAAACCAGAAGAACUCGAUUGGAUUCAAUUAAGAACUGACUUGGACGAGUUUGCACUCGAGACAACAUGGGAAAAAGUCGUUCGGAAGUUCAAACACGAUCCUUUUAUACCAAUUGGAUGCGCAGCAACGGUUAGUGCAUUGUCUUAUGGAAUUUGGAAUUUCCUGAAAGGACGUUCGCAAAUGUCUCAGUACAUGAUGCGAGCUCGAGUUUGUGCUCAAGGAGCCACUAUUAUAGCCGUUGUUUUCAGUUUGUCUGCGACAACACCAAAGCGCAAGUAAUUUUACUGUCAAGAUGAAAAACUAACUAGUAUCACGAAUUUCUCUGUAUUACAAAAUGUCACUCAACAAUUAUCAGCCAAUUAUUUCUAGAUAUUACAAAUUUUCUAGUACAUCAAAAUCUCCUCAAUUAAAAAAUGUUAUUGUAAAUUCAUUUGUCCAAAAAACCUGAUGAACUUUUCCCCAUAUUAUUAUUUGGAAAUCACGAAAACAGUGAUUUUAGAAAAUGUCUAAUCUUCAAAUGUAAGGGAAUUGUGUGGUGAAAGUUAGAAAAAUUUAACUUGGAAAGAACACGAAGAGACGAAUGUAGCUAUUAUAGUGUUUUAUUGUUAUAACAUCGUUGAGAAAUACUAUGAUCUUUAGUGGAGAGAUGAAUUAAAAAUCUUGUAAAAUAUUUAACGAUAGAAGAAGCGGAGGAUGGAUGAAUAAAAAAAAAUGAAAUAAAAACAACAUAUAAAUACUCUGCCUUUAAUAAACAUACACAAAUGAAAUCGGUGAUGCAAUGACAUUGGUAAAUCAUAUAGUUUAUAUGUUAUUCCCAAUUUUUAGAAAGAAGUGGCAAUAAUCAUAAUAACAACAACAAUAUGUAUAUAUAUGUAUAUAAUAUAUUUCAAUUAGAAUUAAAUUGUUUAUACACGCUGUA